GCGCGUCAGUGAGUGCGGAGAUUGUUGUUAGACAUCAUGUUGCACCGGUAUCUUAACCUUGCCUCGCUGCUGAUAUGCUUUGCUGUCGACUUUCGGUAGGUUUUUUCUGAUACCCGCUUGCGAAGAUUCCUCGAGUGAAAGCGGGUGCAAAGGACAGUGGAAGAGAGUGAGCUUCGGCCUCCCCUCCCGUUCCUCUCUCUCUGUCGGCAGUGUGCUACCCCCUGCCUCCUUCGUAAUAAGCAAAACCCUCCCGUCGGUAUUUUAAAAAUGCCAUUUCUGAGGCCGCGGAUGCCCAAAGGAAAUCGGUGGCGUGAGUGGGAUCGAAAUGCGCAGAAAAACGGUUUAAAAAGCACCGUCUACUCAUUAAGCGGGGAGGAAUAUACAGGAGAGUGGCGGGACAAUAAAAAACAUGGAAAGGGAACACAGAAGUGGAAAUCUACUGGAGCCAUAUACAAUGGUGAUUGGGAGUAUGGAAAAAGAAAUGGUUUUGGAACUUACAGUCUACCAGAUCCAAUCAGUGGAGAAUAUAAAAAAGUAUAUUCAGGAGCAUGGAAAAAUGACAAAAGACAUGGGUUAGGAACCAACUUUUACUCAGAUGAUGACAUUUAUGAGGGCCAUUGGUAUGCUGACAAGAGAAAUGGCUGGGGUAGAAUGUAUUAUGCCGAUUGCUCUACUUAUGAAGGUGAAUGGUUUGAUGACACUCCCAAUGGUCAGGGAAUGCUUCGCCUUGCUAAUGAAAAUCGCUAUGAAGGCUUCUGGAAAAAUGGAAAGAAACAUGGAGCAGGAAAGUUUUUCUUCUUUGAGAAAGGCCAAUUGUAUGAAGGUGUGUGGGUAGAUGACAUUCCAAAGUGUGGAAAAAUGAUUGACUUUGGUCGAGAAGAUGCAAUUGACCCUACUCCAUAUUCAAUACCACAGAUUAAGCUACGGAACCCAACUUAUGUUUUAGAGAGAGCCAGAUCAAGGUUUCUGGAUAAAAAUGAAGAAGAUAUCUAAUCGUCGACAUUUCAUCUCUUCCACAAGUUCAAGAUAGCAACAAACUAUGUAAUAUGACUGUCCUUUUCAGAGUGGCACAUACAAUCAACCUCAUGUGCAUUAGUUUUAAAUUUACAUUUGGUACUCAACCACACAUUCACAUAUAAGCAACACAUCUGCAAAUUUACCAAGAUUUUCUGCAACAAUUCCAACAGAACUUUUCUAUAAAAUGUUCAUUCUGGACCAAAGAAUAAUCCACUUCAUGUAAAUUGAAUACCUGGUAGGUAAACACUCAUCUUUUAGUAGGUAAGGAUGGGUGCUUUGGUGAGGACUCUCCAGUGCAGUAAUGUGCUGCUGAUGUCGUCUGCAUCCUUAAUGGUGACCUUUUCAUUUUCUCCCAGGCUCCUUGAUCACACUCUGCAGUUUUUUUUUGCACUUUCAUUUCUAAUUGCCUAGUUCUUACUUCCUUCAGCUAUUCACACUUCCAAUCUACAUUGAACUUUGAUUUCUCUCAUUAUGCUUCCCAUUGCCUUAUGCCAAUAUCAACAUAAUUUAAUCACCUUACAGGUACCCUAAUUACAUUUCUAUUGUUUUUUGCAGCCUCUUCCCUUUGCCCAGAUCCUUUUUAUAAUUUAGUCCAUCUAUAAUAUCCUCCAGUUUUGAUAAAGUCCAUACCCAAAAUAUUUGCUCAUCUGUUCUUUCAAGAUGAAGACUUGUGACUCCAAUAUUUUCUGUUCUAAAAUUUCCAGCUUCUGCAAUUUUUGCUUUGUGUGAUUGUGUAUUGUUUUCCCAUUGUAUUCAGCAAGUUAUUCUGAUUUUCAUCAUUGAAAUUGAUCAAAAUCUGAAACUAUUGCAACAGGAGAAGCUAUGCAUGUUUUAAUUGCCACAUUUUAUAAAUGGGAAAACAGGGAGAAAAAAUAAGCUAUUGGUUCUGCUCACUAUCUAGUGAUUCUGUUGGAAAGUGAAUGUGAAGACAUCAACAGAGAACAAAAGUGCUCUUAACUGUUAUGUCACCACAAAUAGCAUAGUGAUACUGACAUAUCUGAAUUAAUUUAUGAAGAAUUGAGACUUAGCGAGAUGACCAUUCUCCAGCAUGGGUAACUACUUCAAGGGAGGAAAUUAAUUUUAAAAAAUUCCAGACUCUUGAAUAAUUUUCCACUUUACAUUGCAUGUAGGUUAAACAGCUGAAUGUUUGGAAUAACUGCAUUAAAUUGGACACCACUUUGAUAGACAAAUCCAGUGUGCAUGGAAGGUCUGAAAUUGUCUGAUACUCAUUGGCAAGCUUCCAUUAGGGUCUCAGCACAUCGAGGUUCUAAAAAAGGUCUCAUUAAUGGAAGUUUGUGAAUUAGCAAAUUUAAUUACCACAACAGGAAAAAUUCUGCUUUUAGAAGUUAACACCGUGUGCAAGAUAAAGAUAAUUUUAAUAAGAAUUUAUUCGAUGGUUUGUGCUGCAUCUUUCCUGAAAGAUCAAUGCUACUGAACUUUAGUAGUUUCCCAUUUAAAUUUUAAAACCAACCACUUUUCCCUUAAGCACCAGUUAAAACAGAUAAAGCUUUAUAUUAAAUACUCCUAAUAAUUUUAUGAUCAGAACGUUUUAUACUGAUCUUCAAAUUGAGAUAACAGAUGGAAAUUCAGUGACUGGUAACCAUGGAAAAUCAAAAUUACAUGACCUGUAGUGAUCUCACUCAUGAAAAGAAAAUUUUGUAGGUUUAUACAAUUUCCUUGAAUAGAUUUUUGCAUCAAAUAGUCAUGUGGGCAGAUUAUUUAUUAAACAGGGUGCCAUUUUUGAUUUUAUAUAUGCAAAAUACAAGUUUGUCCACAUUAAGAAAAUUAACAUGCUAGGUUUCAUUGCUGAGCCCUACACCAUUUAAAAUA